AUGUGUAAUCGACCUCAGACAGAUUGGAUAUAUCAAGGGCGACUUACUGCCAUAAUCCUUGUUCCAUACCAAAAGAACGAUAGUAAGACUGCACCAGCAACGGAUUCGCUCUUGCAUUUUUAA